ACAGGGACUUUUAAGUUGAAAAGUGUUCGCGCGCAGACAGGAAGCGGUAGAUCUGUCGCGCGCUUCCCUGCACUGUUCUUCCUGUCUCGUGUGCGUCUCUUCAGCACAUCCUAUUAUCAUCAUGGCGUCUCUAUCAAUGGCCCCCAUGAACAUCUUCAGACAAGGAGCGGACGAGGAGAAGGCCGAGACGGCUCGACUGUCCUCCUUCAUCGGCGCCAUUGCCAUCGGGGAUCUGGUGAAAAGCACUCUGGGACCCAAGGGCAUGGACAAGAUCCUGCUGGGUGGCGGCAGGGACAGUCAGGUGACCGUGACCAACGACGGCGCCACCAUCCUCAAGGCCAUCGGCGUCGACAACCCCGCCGCCAAAGUGCUCGUGGACAUGUCGAAGGUUCAGGAUGACGAGGUGGGCGACGGCACGACCUCUGUGACGGUGCUGGCCGCUGAGCUGCUGCGGGAAGCAGAGCUGCUGAUCGCCAAGAAGAUCCAUCCUCAGAUCAUCAUCUCCGGCUGGAGGAAGGCCACGCAAGCGGCCCGUGACGCUCUGAGGGAGGCAGCGGUGGACCACGGGAACGACGAGCAGAAGUUCCAGGUGGACCUGCUGAACAUCGCGCGCACCACGCUCUCCUCCAAGCUGCUGACGCACCACAAGGACCACUUCGCCCGGCUGGCGGUGCAGGCCGUGAUGCGGCUCAAGGGCUCCGGGAACCUGGAGGCCAUCCACGUCAUCAAGAAGCUGGGCGGACAGCUCCUCGACUCCUACCUGGACGAAGGCUUCCUGCUGGACAAGAGGAUCGGAGUGAACCAGCCCAAGAGGAUCGAGAACGCCAACAUCCUCAUCGCCAACACCGGCAUGGACACGGACAAGAUCAAGAUCUUCGGCUCCAGGGUGCGCGUGGACUCCACAGCCAAGGUGGCCGAGAUCGAGAUGGCCGAGAAGGAGAAGAUGAAGGAGAAGGUGGAGCGCAUCCUCAAGCACGGCAUCAACUGCUUCAUCAACAGGCAGCUGAUCUAUAACUACCCUGAGCAGCUGUUUGCCGCCGCCGGCGUGAUGGCCAUCGAACACGCUGAUUUCGCAGGAGUGGAGCGCCUGGCCCUCGUCACAGGCGGUGAGAUCACGUCUACCUUUGACCAUCCUGAGCUGGUGAAGAUCGGCCACUGUAAGCUGAUCGAGGAAGUGAUGAUCGGAGAAGACAUGCUCAUUCACUUCUCAGGAGUGGACAUGGGAGAGGCGUGCACCAUCGUCCUGCGCGGGGCGACCCAGCAGAUCCUGGACGAGGCCGAGCGCUCGCUGCACGACGCCCUGUGUGUGCUGUCGCAGACCGUCAAAGAGACGCGCACCGUGUUCGGUGGAGGAUGCUCUGAGAUGCUGAUGGCCAGAGUGGUGUCAGAUCUGGCCAACCGGACGCCAGGCAAAGAGGCCGUGGCCAUGGAGUCCUUCGCUAAAGCCCUGAUGAUGCUUCCCACCAUCAUCGCUGAUAACGCAGGAUAUGACAGCGCAGAGCUGGUGUCCCAGCUGAGAGCCGCCCACCAGGACAACAAGAUCACUUUCGGCCUGGACAUGACCCAGGGCUGCGUGGGAGACAUGGCGGAGCUGGGCAUCACCGAGAGCUUCCAGGUGAAGAGGCAGGUGUUGCUGAGCGCAGCCGAGGCGGCCGAGAUGAUCCUGCGCGUGGACAACAUCAUCAAAGCUGCUCCCAGGAAGCGUGUGCCGGAUCAUCACCCCUGCUGAACACACACCGCUAGCGGCCCGUGUAUUUAUUGACCGGAAGCGGAUUCUCUUUGUUCUGUAGUUCUUGUGCCGAUGCACUUCU